CAUCCACAACUGAAGCGGUGAAGUGAAGGUAACCGGCGUUUGUAAAAUUCUCUUUCUCUCUCUCUCUCUGGCCUCAUACCACCGCUACCGGAGCCGCUAUAUCAUGUUGGAGCCAAUUGUCGCUGUCACGUUUAAUUUUCAUCAUUACUAAGUUAGUUUAAUAGACUCUGUGCUCCAUUCAUUCAAAUUUCAUAUUUAUAUAGGAACAAAACACACUCCUCUCCGUUCUUCCCAAUUCCUCACCCCAUUGUCGAUUCCCAAACCCUACAUUUUCGCCCAACGGCGGAUCAGUUUCCCUAUUCCUCACUCACCAAUUAAGUGUAAGAUGGAGGAUGAUGAGAAACCCACGGGUAACUCCCAUGGCAUUGCUGAUAUGGAUGUUGCUGAUGCUGCUUUGCAAGGCCAACGUGUUGCUUCUUCCCCUGCUCCGCUACAACAGGAUCAAGUAAUGGUCGAACAGGGUCAUGAUAUCAAAAACGGCGAUUCUGGUCCUGCUCAUUUGCCAGAAGCCAGUGUAAUUAACAAUAAUCAGUUUGAAGUUGAAGAUGCUCAGACCGUUUCGCAUCAGGAACUGACCACUCCAAAGCCUAAAGAAAAAAACGUCAGAGAAAUGAAGAAUGUGCUAAAUGAUACUGAGAUGACUGAUUAUGAUGAGUAUGGCACGCCUCUGGAUCGAGAAACAUUCAUGAAAGAGCUUGAGACUUUCUACAGAGAGCGGUCCUUGGAAUUUAAGCCUCCUAAGUUUUAUGGAGAGCCACUCAAUUGCCUUAAGUUGUGGAGAGCUGUUAUCAGACUAGGCGGCUAUGAUGUGGUAACUGGAUCCAAGUUGUGGCGGCAAGUAGGAGAGUCUUUCCACCCCCCAAAGACCUGCACUACAGUCUCAUGGACAUUUAGAAUUUUUUAUGAGAAGGCACUUUUAGAGUAUGAAAGGCAUAAGAGAGAGAUUGGGGAGCUACAGCUCCCUGUUGGACCAUUCCAUCAAUCUUCAAAUGUGGAAAAAGAGCCUGCUGUUUACCAGACUCCAGGCUCAGGUAGAGCAAGAAGGGAUUCCGCAGCACGUGCAAUGCAAGGUUGGCAUGCUCAGCGCCUUCUUGGAUAUGGUGAGGUUGCUGAGCCAGUUAUUAAGGACAAGAACUUCAGUUCCACACAAAAGCGUGAAAAGAACCUAAAAAGUAUUGGUAUGAUCAAUAAACAGAGGACACUGUCUGGUCUGGAGCAUGCUGAGAAAUCUGCAAAUAUUGAAGGAGAUCAACAAUUGGUCACAGCGGUAGUGGACGUUGGACCCCCAGCUGACUGGGUGAAGAUCAAUGUGCGGGAAACUAAGGAUGGUUUUGAGGUGUAUGCCCUUGUUCCUGGGCUCCUUCGUGAGGAGGUGCGAGUCCAAUCAGAUCCGGUUGGACGUCUUGUUAUAACUGGUGUGCCAGAACACCUUGACAAUCCAUGGGGAAUUACCCCCUUCAAAAAGGUUGUGAACUUACCUACAAGAAUUGAUUCGCUUCAGACAUCUGCUGUUGUUAGUUUGCAUGGUCGACUAUUUGUACGCGUUCCUUUUGAGCAGGGAGCUGUGUGAAUGUUCCUCCCUUGAAUCAUUGAUUUAUGAAAUCUCCUCCUUAAUAUUAUUAGUUUAAACUACCAGCAAUUUUAACAUUUUUUUAGGAAAAAAUACGUAAUUUCACUAAUAUUAUAUGCUAGAAUUUUUCCAUCAAACGCCUUUUUAUCGUAUGCGACAGAAGUGGACUUUGUGUGCUGUGGCGCAUCAUUAACAAGAGUCCGAGAAGUGGAGUGGAGGACUCGUUCAAAAGCUCGUUGCUUACUCUGGCUAAAAACACUAUUGUAUAUCGUCUUUCAAUUACGUGUGGAUGUGGACAGAAAAUAUUUUCAUGAUUGCUUACCGAUCCAAAUGUAAUAAACCUUAACCCAGGUCAAGUUUUUUAAUCGUAUAUAUGAUUUUGGUUCCUUUUCCA